CUCCAUUGUUAUUUUUAAGCACUCUGGAAUAAUGAUUAAAUUAUGGUUAAUUGCACUAUUUCUAUUACUGCAAGCAAGUCUACCUGUCAAAUCAAAUAACCGAUGUGAUGAAUAUGUAACUGAAGGCUGCAAGCAAACUGAGCAUCAUCGUUUUGAUGAAGCUUGGAAGAAAGUGCUUCAAAUUUUAUUGAAAAUAACGGAAUUUGUAUGCAUGUUUGGCAAACUAUGGGAAUUAUUCGGUGCUAAAGUGUUGGCGGUUUAAUCAAUUUUCACUUUACAACCUAUUUAAUACGAAAGUGAAAUUGUUUUACAAAUAUUCUCAUUGAAACUGAUUUUUAUCUUCACAUACCUGUAUACGUGUGUGUGUGUGCUAUGUAAUUCGUUGACAUAAACUCAUUGAAGUUAUUUCAAUGUACAAUGCUGUAAAUUAAAUGA